AUGGAUAUGCCUGUGGUAGUAGAGGUGGUGAUGCGUUUAUGGACAUUCGCGCCCGAUGAGCAACGGCCCACUGGUAGCAGGAUCUACCAGACCAGCCUGAAAUCCCUCAGGUUGCUGCCACUCUCUGGCCCGCCCAAGACUCUCUCGCCGAAACCAACAGAGCAGGCUGCAGAUCCGAAAGGGAAGCGAAAGGCAGAUUCAUCAUCUCAAGGAGGCACGACAGCUAAAAAGUCGCUGAGGGGUGCACCAGAUGAUGCAGGUGCUUCCAGGACAUAA